AUGAAUCUCUCCAAUAUCCGAGAUCACAUGUUAUCUCAACCUCCGUCAUUCAGGAAGAAGAAGGAGUAUCAGCUAGAAGAGCUACUGGGUAGAGGAGGAUUCGGAAAGGUCGUGAGAGCUACUUGGACACCUAGGGAAGGUGAGAAGAAGGAAGUUGCAUUGAAGAUAAUAUCCAAAAAGCUAGUGAAGGAUAAUGAACAAGCCGUAAUGGACGAAAUCAACGUAUUGAAAGGGUUGGAUCAUCCUAAUAUCGUACAUGUAUGGGACCAUUUCGAAUCGAGGGAUAAAUUCUACCUCACAUUCGAACUGGCAGUUGGAGGAGAGCUGUUCGAUAGGAUAUCUGAACGAGGUAAAUUCACAGAGAAAGACGCAUUGGAAUGUAUAAGACAAAUAUGCUCAGCAGCGCAAUAUCUCCAUUCCCAUCAGAUCGUCCAUCGUGAUCUCAAACCAGAGAACAUCCUAUACAAGACGAAAGACCCAAACUCUCAGAUCGUCAUUGCGGAUUUCGGUAUUGCCAAACACCUAGAAGAUCCUGAAGAGAUGUUGCAAGAUGCUGCGGGGAGUUUUGGAUAUGCUGCGCCGGAGGUGUUGACGGGGAGUGGACAUGGGACGAAAUGCGAUUGUUGGAGUAUAGGGGUCAUCGCGUAUACUAUACUAUGUGGAUAUUCACCUUUCAGAGAGACGGACAAAAACGCUUUACUUCGGGAGAUGACAAAAGGCCGGGUAGUGUUCCACGAGAGGUAUUGGAAGAAAGUCACGCCUACUGCCAAAGACUUCAUCAAGGCUUUAUUGGUUGUAGAUCCCAAAAAGAGGAUAUCAGCUACUGAGGCGUUGAAACAUCCUUGGAUGACGGAAGGAGCAGCAGCCGAGAAUGAUCUUACAGAUGCGGUCAUACCAGCUCUGAAUGCUAAGAUGAAAUGGAAGAAGGCAAUAAGGGCCGUUCAAGCUACCAACCGUCUCCGAGCAGGCUCGCGUUCAAACUCCCUCGCAACCUCUUCAUCCACUUCCACCACUAAUUCCACUUCGACAGAACAGCAGAAUCUCUCAGCAUCACCUACCACCCUGGUGCCCACCGUAGUCACGCCACUGUCAAUGACGGAGGAAGAACCGAUGUCUGAUUCGCACGAUUACUUUACGGCUGAUGAGGAGACGCAUCAUGAGGUGCAAACUCCCAAUAGCGCCAGGGAUGAUGCUCAACAUAUCAAGAUUGUCAAGAUGAACGAUGCUGGCGUGGAAGAAGAUGAAAGUGCGAAUACUGGCAAUAAAAUCGAAAAGAGGGAUUAUGGUAAUCCAUCCAUAAAUCUACAGAAGACUGAAGGAUUGAGUGUCGAACAAAAAGAGACAAGACCUGAAGCAUCGAGGAAGAGUUCGGUGGAAAAUGUAGUAGAGGGAGUUAAAGGGUUGAUGAAUAAAUUGAGACUGUAA